AUGGAGGUGGCUAAGGGUGAAGAUGCCGAAAUCCAGGCUGGAGCUGAGAAAGAAGGUGUAGUGAGGUGGGAGAGUGUGGGGUCAGGAUUCUGGGAUAUGACACAAAGUCAGCAGGAAAAACAAGAGCCUCACAGUGUACUUGUGUACUGGUUUGAAGAAAACUUGGAACAGAUCAUCCGUGAUAUCAACACUUUAACAUUAGAGACUACAGACAAACCAGAUCUGACUGGCACAAGUGGAGAUGAGGAGCUCGAGAACAGCGUUGAACCAACAAGGCCCACUCAUAAUGAUGACCGAAUGGCAUUGGAGGCAACCAUAGAGAGUGUGGGUGACAGUAAUGAAUAUGUGGAAGAGGCAGUGGAAGGAUUUGUUGUGGAAGAGGAACCAGCAGAAGACAUCAUGGAGAUUGCAAGCAAGCUUCUCAAACAAGUGACAAAAGUCCCUACACAGCAAACACUAAAGAACAUUAUUGUCAGAGACCAGGUUCAGGGAAAACAAUGA